CCCAUAAUACUGUUCUUGGCGUGCUUUGGCUCACACACAACGUUUGAUUCAAAAGUCGACGAUUUUUUUCUUCUUUUUAUCUGCCAAAAGUCGCCUGCACGCAAUUUUUAUUCGUCAAAACAGAUAGAGGAAUAAUCAAGGAUGGCAGAAGAAGGCGAACUUUCUUCUCCCGACGAGAAUGAACUGAGCCUAGAAGACGGAGAAGAAUUGAAUGUAUUGGAUGACAUUCUGGGUGAGCCUACCAAUGAUGCAUUUGAUGAGGAAGUCGCCAAAGCUGGCAAAAUUUCAAGCCGAAAGGCUUCAGAGAAAUCACCUGGUGAGAAAAAGAUCAGUCCAAGAAAGCGCAGAGCCAAAGAAGAUACCACAAGUGAUCACAAGGGCAGUAGCCCCAAGCGCAAAGCUGUAGACAAAGGAUCAGGUAGUCCAUCUACCCAUAAGAGUUCAGGGUCUGGCCAGAGAGUGUCAGAGAAGGGUGGGAGUCGUGAUAAAAAACUAAGUGUGCCUGAAGUAGAGAGAGUGCGUGGGUGUAAGUCGCCCAAGCAAAGUGAGAGAAAGAAAGAGGAGAGAGAGCAUGAGAAAGAAAAGACAGCAAGGGAACAAAAGCCUGGUAAGGAGAAAGAGGGGAGAGAAAAAACAAAAGAGAAAGAGGGUGUGAGUAAGGAGGGAGUAAAAGAGAGUGGGAGUAGGGAAAAGGUUGUAAAGAGUAAAAGUGAGCCAUCUAAUGGAAAGGAGAAACCAAAGAUUACCAAAGAGAAGGUCUCCAGCAACAACGAGAAAAGUUCAACCACUAAAGAGAAGGUACCAUCAGUGAAAGAUAAAGCUGUUAAGUCCACUGAGAAAACUAAAGUAGCGAAGAAGAGUGCAGAUUAUUCAUAUAAGCCUAAAACUACCACUGAGAAACCUGUUGAGAGGAACAAGGAGCCAGUCAAGAAGAAAGAUAGCUCUAAAUCUAGUAAAGACUCAAAGGCAAAGGAGUCAGCAUCCUCAAGCAUUGAGAAAAAGGAUACUUCAUUCAAAAAGAAAGUUACCAGCUCAGCCAAAAGCCCUUCUCAUUCAAGUAAGACAGUGACAAAGGAGAAGCAGGCAGCCACAUCCUCUAAAACCAGCAAAUCAUCUACUAGCCAAGGGAAGUCUCCUAAGGUGGUUUCAAAAACCAAAAAGGUGGUAAAAACUAAGCCUGAUGUAAGCCAGGACAAAGAGAAACCUAAAGCUGCCAAAGCCAAAGAAAGUGGCGAGUCAAAAGUUAAAACUAAGGAAGCAGAAAAGGCAGAGGCGAAGGCAAAAGUUGGAGAUGUCCCCAUGGAGAAGUGUGCUCCAGAACAGGAAAGAGAGGCAACAGAGGAUGAUGUGAUCAUAGAAGCAGUGUCUCCUGAUGAAGAUGACAGAGAAGAGGAAUCUGUGGUAGAUGAAGUCCAAGCAGAAGCAGCAGAGGAUGAGGCUGUGAGCCCUAUUGAGGUUGAUGUGGCCAAGACUGAGGCCAAGGAGGAUGCAGACGUCACAGAAGAGGGGGGAGUAGAGGACUUGCCAGAGACUGAAGAUGAUGAUGAAGAUGGGCUAGCAGAUGGUGAUGAUAUCACCGAGCAGCAAGAUUCCCAUGAGGUUGAGGGGGAUGAGGAACUCCCAGAGGAAGAUCAGAUGGAGGUGAUUGACGAUGUGGAGCAGUCUAUGGAUGACGGAAGUGCUGAUAGCCACUCUGGGAGUGACGACGACAUUGUCAGUGAGAAUGAGGAAGAUGAAGUUCAUUCUGGGUCGGCUUCAGGCUCAGACUCUGAGACUUCAAGAUCAGGUUCUGAAGAGGAGGGAAGCGGCAGUGAGGCUGAAAAGAAUGAAGAAGAGAAACCCAAGAAAGUUAAAAGACCCAAGAAAAGAAGAGCAUCAUCUCCCAUGGGGGAGGAGGGCUCAGCAGAUGAGGGAUCCGCUGACGAGGGAUCCAACCAUGUCAAAAGUAAGGUGGCCAAGGUGGCCAGGAAGAAGCGGAGGCACUACAAUGUCGACAAGUACCUGGACGGAGCACGGUACUUUGUCAUGAAGAGCAACAAUGCGGAAAAUGUUCUACUCUCAAAAGCCAAGGGUGUCUGGUCAACACCAAGAACCAAUGAGAAGAAGUUGAAUGCUGCCUUUAAGCGUUACAAAAAUGUGAUCCUGAUCUUCUCAGUCAAAGAGAGCGGCAAGUUUCAGGGCUUUGCCCGUCUGCUUGGGGAAGCUAAGCAUGGUGAGCACUUUGUGCCGUGGGUGUUGCCGCCAGGAAUGAAUGCCAAGGCCCUGGGAGGAGUCUUCAAGCUUGAAUGGCUAAACAGGCAUGAUCUGUGGUUCAGUAAAUGCAUUCACCUGAGGAAUCCCUGGAACGACAACAAAGAGGUCAAGAUAUGCCGAGAUGGACAGGAAGUCGAGCCAGGCGUUGGGGAGGAACUCUGUCGACUUUUCCCAGAAGACCUAUCAGUGGAGCUCCGCAAGUCAAGUCACCACGUCUCUUCAUCCCAAUCGGAAAUCAGGCGAAGAGUGAAAGAGCGUGACAUAGUGCCUAGACAAAGGAGUAGGCAUUCAAUGUCCGAUGAAAUUCGACGCGCAAAGCGAAGAAGAAGAGGAAUUCACGAAGGGAGAGAGCGCCCUGAUAGCUUUUCUAGGGAUGACAGAUCGCGGUAUGGCGGCGUAAGAAAGGAAACGCUUCUUCACGGGUCGUACUCGGACUACAUGCGCGAGUACCAGGCUCGCUCCAGGCCCUCCUCUUCUAUGCCGUCAUCUUCAAGCCGGCAUUACAGUAGCGCUCCUAGGUCCAUGGAUUUACCGUACUACUUGAACAUACCUCAUCACAGCUCACGCUCUACUUACCAUCGAUCGGUCGAUCCGUACGCAGCAGCUUGCGACGAGUUCCUCAGGCAGUCUCGCUCUGACCGGGGGCCUCGCUUUCGCAGUCGCAGGCGAUAGCUGUCACCCCCUGAUAAGCCAAGCCAAUGGUAUUGAUAUCAAUAAGGCAAUCAGAGACGCAAUGAAUUAUGUCAUAAGCUUCAAGUCAACCUGGUUCUUCAAGUCUAUCAUUCUAGGGAACAUCCUUAUUACAAGCAAGAACGUUGUCAUAAGCUCUUACUACAAGCAAGAACUUUGUAGUAUCGAGAAGAGUCGUUUAUUGUAAAUUUUGUAAAUAUAUAUUGUUGUACCGAUCAACCGUCAAAGAUGCCUCUGUUGUUAGACGGGGCUAAAUGGAUACAUUUGAACAAUUCUAAGAUGCUUGCCCUAGUUUGUUUGACGUAUUUAGUUAUCGUUUCUAUUGAUUUGUAAGAAAGGCAGGAUAUAAGUUGGUGUGGGAAUAUAAUGUGAUUUUUAUUGCAUUCUUAGGGUUUAUAAUUUUAUAGUCGCUGACGCUGUCUGGUUUCCGAGAUCCAAGUUAUUAUACAUAUCCGCCACAAGAUAUUUAUAUACUAUGGUGAUUUUCAUUACAUCUUGUCGUUUGGCAUCAGGCCUUGCAUUACUCUAGACAUAUUGUUAUCCUGCGUUAUUAAACAAAUUAUUUACAAAC